CUCUUGUAUGGGCCUUGCAUUCAAUCUCAUAGGCCCAAGCCCAAGUUCCAUCUCAUGUCACUUCAGUAUAACCUGAACUAGGGUUUCAUCGGCUGUAUUCAUUCCAAGCAUCGUCACAGAUCAGACUUAAGAAGACCAAUCAAUUGUAAUUCUGCAGAAGGAAACAUGGCGUAUGCUGCGAUGAAGCCAACAAAGCCUGGGCUGGAAGAGUCCCAAGAACAGAUUCACAAGAUUAGAAUCACUCUCUCCUCCAAGAAUGUUAAGAAUCUUGAAAAAGUAUGCUCGGAUUUGAUUCGUGGUGCCAAAGACAAGAAACUAAGAGUCAAAGGACCCGUUAGAAUGCCAACCAAGGUUCUUCACAUCACAACAAGGAAGUCUCCUUGUGGUGAAGGAACGAACACAUGGGACAGAUUUGAGCUUCGUGUGCACAAACGGGUUAUUGAUCUUUUCAGCUCACCAGACGUCGUGAAGCAAAUCACCUCAAUCACCAUUGAACCUGGUGUUGAGGUUGAAGUCACCAUUGCCGACCCUUAGACGGGCUGUUCUUUUCUAGUUUUUGCUCGGUGUUAAGGUUAUGUGACAACUUUUUUAUUUACUUAGACAACUACAAUUUUGGGAACCCACAAUUGACAUUUAUGGCUAUGGGUAUUUGGGUGGCGUUUUUCUCGUUUAUGAUACUCUUUCGAUGUUUUGUCAACCGUAUUUGGUUCUUGAUUUUUGGCCACAUGAAUAUCCUUACAGUGUCAA